UGCAACUCUCGAGGUGAAAAAGGAAAAAAAGUGAAGAAGAAGAAAUAAAAGAAGCAGACAGCUUCUUUAAAAAUAAAUAAAUAAAUAAAAAAGUCGGUAAAUAAAACUUAUAAAGAAAAAGGGAAAACGCGAAAGAGAGGAAGACACAAACACAGUGCGCAUCAGACUCCACUGUCUAAGGAGAGAUCGCAUUCUCAACAAGUCACAUCAACUCUCUCUCUCUCUCUCUCUUCUCUCUCUCGCUCUUACUGAGUCAACUCGGUGUAGAGAGUGUGUGUUUAAGUUGAUAUGGAUCCGGGUGGGAUGAUGAACGAAGCUGGGACGUAUAACCUAGCUGAGAUCUGGCCUUAUCCUAUAAACGGAGGCGCGAGUAGUCAUCAUCCCUCGAUGAGGAGCGGUGUGUCUUUCGGUGGACCUAACUUGGUCCAUCAGUUUACUGACUCUAAUCUGAUUAGUAACAUUAGCAAUAGCGGUGAUCCGGCUGGUAUGAGCCACGCGCUCUCUCAGGCGGUGGUUGCAGGUAUCGCUGGUGCUAGGAAGAGGCGGGAAGGAGGUGAGGAUAAAGUUGUCUCCGGUGGCAACGGACAUGAUGACGCGAAUGAUGGGGAGAGUAAAAAGCAGAAGACUACAGGAUGCGAAGAUGAAGUUGAAACGGGAACAUUGGAUCAAAAGAAGCAGUUGCCUGAACCUCCGAAAGAUUAUAUUCAUGUCCGAGCUAGAAGGGGACAGGCUACAGAUAGUCACAGUCUUGCUGAAAGAGCGAGGAGAGAAAAGAUAAGCGAGCGGAUGAAAAUCUUGCAAGAUCUUGUCCCUGGUUGUAACAAGGUUAUCGGAAAAGCGCUUGUUCUAGAUGAGAUAAUCAAUUACAUCCAAUCUCUGCAGCGUCAAGUUGAGUUCCUAUCGAUGAAACUCGAAGCAGUCAACUCAAGAAUGACUCCCGGAAUCGAGGUUUUCCCGCCAAAAGAGUUUGAUCAGCAAACGUUUGAGAAUCCGGGGAUGCAGUUCGGAUCACAAGCUACAAGGGAAUACAGCAGAGGAACUUCACCGGAGUGGCUGCAUAUGCAGGUAGGAGGUGGUUUCGAAAGAUCAUAGUAAUAAGAAAGAAAGCUGCCACAACAUUCACUAAAUAAACUUCGGUCUCCAAUGUUAGUUACGCAAAAAAGAAGCAGCAUACGUAUAAACAUUUAUAAAAUAUAUAGAAAAAGGUUUAUUGUUAUAGAUUCCUAGUUUAGACAUGAAGUAAAGCGGAGGUAGAUUGUGUGAUAAUUUCCUCUGUUGCUGUCUCAGAACAUGUUAAUAACUGUUUAAGCUUUGUUCACAUGAUUUUCUCUGUUUUAUCUUGUGUUGUAAUCUAUCUAAGGAAAGGUUUGG